CACAGUAUACUCUUCGAAGACACUGACCGAGCUCUUGGGAGGAAGCUCUAAGAGAAAUGGCUAAGACUAUUUAUGUUGUGGUCAUGGUCCUAUGCCUGGGAUUUAUGCAUCAAAAGGCAACCGGUGCUUAUAUGCAGAAGCUGGCAGAGAAGAAGCUCUGCGCUGAUGAUGAAUGUAUUUAUGCUAUAUCACUUGGUAAAGCUGAAGAUGAUUACUAUGCUCCAGACUGCAGAUUCAUCAACAUCAAGAGAGGAGAGCUGGUCUUCAUCUACACCAAGCUAAUAAAGGAAGUUGAGGACGCGGGUGAAUUUUGGUCUGGAAGUGUUUAUAGUGACCAGUACAGAGAUCAGCAAGGACUUGUUGGUUAUUUUCCCAGCAGCCUUGUCACAGAGAUCAGUGUCUACAAGGAUGAACUUCAAGAAUUACCCACCACAGCUGUUGAUUUCUACUGCGAUUAAAAGGACGAGGUAGUGUGAGAAACCCAGCGAGACGCUUCUGAGGGAUUUUCGGCAGAUGUGUUUGAAGAUUCUAUUGCAUGCAUUUAGAGGAGAACUAACUAUCUUUCCUUCCUGCUUCACUUGGGUUUAAAUUUUUAUACUGGUUAGCAGCUUUCAUAGAGACAUCCAU